AUGUCUGCCGCUGCUGCAGUUUGGCGACUUGCACGAGGAUGUGCUUUAGGAAGUCUCGCGGCUUGUUCCUGUGCCACUCCACCACGAAGAGAACCACCGGCGCCCUCAGCACUUAUUUCACCCUCGUCCUUCACUACCAUGUCCGUGUCCUUCGACACAUUGUCUGUGAAAAAUUCCUUCAAAUGGGGCGGCUGCGGGGACGAUGUGAGAUCUGCUUCGAGAAUGGCGAAGCGGUUUCUUCAAGGUGCAACGCCACUUGGUACUGGCAUGAUUACCAAAUUCUUGCACGCGGUUAAUAUGCAUAACAAUCGUGCAGGUCGGAGGUGGUAUUUGUCUCGUACGUGGGUUGCAGAUAUGGACAAAGCCACGUUAGAAGAACUGACUUUCAUUCAGCUAAAGGAACAUGCCAGAAGGUAUGAAUUACCGGCCGUGAAUGACCGGAGGAAGCUUAUAGCUUCUUUGCUCACGUACUUUGAGAAUAAUUCUCAGUUGCCGGAAUUAACGGGUCAGGAGCCGACCGGGGGAGCCUCGCUAGACCUCCCGGCGGAACGAUAUUUUUCUCUAGAAACUAUUGCUGAUACCAUGCAUCAAUGUAUGCGACAGCAACAACAAAUGAUGAAGUAG